AGCCGGCUGGGAGGCCGUCCCUGCACCCGGCGCAACUUGCCUCGGACCCUCUGUGAGGAGAGGCGGCGGCGGCGCGCGCCGGGCCGGGCGGGAGCGGGCGAGGCGUGCGGGCGCCCGGCGCGAUGCCUCCGGCCGGCGGCCCCCGAGCGCCGCGUCCCGCCGCGCUGCCCCGCAGCCUGUCCCGCCUGCGCGAGUGCCCGGGCCGCUCCCGCAUCGUGCUGGCGCUCGGGGCCACGCAGAUGGCGCUCGGAUGCCUCAUCGUGGCAGUCAGCUUCGCCGCGCUGGCGCUCACCACCUCGGCCCGCGUCCGCCACUCCUGCCCCUUCUGGGCAGGCUUCUCGGUGCUGCUGUCGGGACUCAUAGGUGUCGUCUCCUGGAAGAGGCCUCUCUCCCUUGUGAUAACCUUUUUCAUGCUGCUUUCUGCAGUGUGUGUAAUGCUGAAUUUGGCUGGUUCAAUUCUCUCUUGUCAGAAUGCUCAGCUAGUCAACUCCCUAGAAGGCUGCCAGUUGAUUAAGUUUGACAGUGUGGAGGUGUGUGUCUGCUGUGAGCUGCAGCACCAGUCGUCCGGCUGCAGCAACCUCGGGGAGACGCUGAAGCUGAACCCGCUGCAGGAGAACUGCAACGCUGUGAGGCUGACCUUGAAGGAUCUCCUCUUCAGCGUGUGUGCCCUCAACGUCCUGUCCACUAUCGUGUGUGCGCUGGCCACAGCCAUGUGCUGUAUGCAGAUGGUCUCCUCCGACGUCCUGCAGAUGUUCCUUCCGCAGAGGUCACAUCCUGCCAACCCCACCUGCGUGACUCCUCACGGCACCGUUCUCCACCAGACCCUGGAUUUCGACGAGUUCAUCCCCCCACUCCCGCCUCCACCCUAUUACCCCCCAGAGUACACCUGCACACCGUCCGCUGAGGCCCAGAGGGGCUUCCACCUGGACUUUGCUCCGUCUCCAUUCGGCACUUUGUAUGACGUGGCCAUCAAUAGCCCCGGCCUGCUCUAUCCUGCUGAGCUCCCCCCUCCGUACGAGGCGGUGGUGGGCCAGCCCCCUGCCAGCCAGGUUACAAGUAUAGAUCAGCAGGUGGCCGAGUCCAGCUCCGGGGACCCAAACACCAGUGCUGGCUUCAGCACUGCAGUACCAGCUGACAGCACAAGCCUCCUGGUGUCCGAGGGCACUGCUACGCCAGGUUCCAGCCCAUCCCCCGAUGGCCCUGUGGGCGCCCCAGCACCCUCCGAACCUGCCCUUCCCCCUGGCCGCGUGUCUCCAGAGGAUCCUGGCAUGGGCUCACAGGUGCAGCCAGGUCCCGGGCGUGUGUCCCGCUCCACCAGCGACCCCACCUUGUGCACAUCUAGCAUGGCAGGCGAUGCCUCUUCACACAGGCCGUCGUGUAGCCAGGACCUGGAAGCGGGACUGUCUGAGGCUGCGCCUGGGAGCGCUUCCAUGUCUCGCUCUGCCACGGCUGCCUUUUGGGCCCAGCUUUCACCAGUGGGGGACCCAGAUACCUGGAAAACUGACCAACGGCCAACACCAGAGCCCUUCCCAGCGACCUCCAAAGAGCGGCCACGCUCUUUAGUGGACAGCAAGGCCUAUGCGGACGCCAGGGUUUUGGUGGCCAAGUUUUUGGAACACUCACACUGUGCCCUCCCCACCGAGGCACCCCACAUGGUGGGUGCCAUGCACUUGGCUGUCACCAACGAGGAGCGCCUCGAGGAGGAGGCCGUCUUGGGCGCUGACGUUCUGGACCAGGUAUGAAGGAGCCACAUUUCUGACCGUGGACACCAACGCCUGGCGCCACAGAUGUUCUUGGCAGAAGCCAUCAUGCCUGACAAAGAGGCCUUCAGGCCCAGCUUGGCUGAGGAUAAAUGUGGGGGGGACACCCAGGAUGAUCUGAGGGCGGUGUGGGCAGGGAACUGUUACCCCCUCUCUCGAGGGGAGCCGAGCAGUGUCUCUUUGGGGAUUGCAUUUCCUGCCUAGCCCAGUAAUUCGGAAAGAUGACUUUCACGUCCACAGUGAACUCUCUGGUUUUAUCUGGCGUGCAGCACCUUGAACUGAGCAGUGUUGCACAAAUGUGAAUACAGCAACAGGCGACACUUACGUCACCUAAAGACUCAAAGUAUCUCCAAAAUCAGGGCCAUCCAAAGCAGGAGUCUCCAAUUCCCCAUUUAACUUAGUGUUCAGUGGACAGAGGGUGACGUCGAGUCAUGAAACAUUUUCUCAUGUGGCUCGAUGGCUCUAUCAUUAAGCGUUCAUCCCGCUCUGGCCUAUUUCCUAUGAAAGGAAAUAGGUAGUGUUAGCACAGAUGGCAGCCUGGGCCCAACUUUCUGUCCACAGGGCUAUUGUGCAAACAAAUGUGCAGUGCGGGCCUCUGCCAUAGCCCGGCCACCCCAGGGGACAGGCCGGUGUUGCGGGGGUUGGAGGAACCCACCAUCUCCUGGGCCUUGAGCUCGGCCUCCCUCCGUGGGGUGCCUCCCCCACCUCCUCCUGGGCCCCCUUUCUCCAGGCUCCCAUCCUGUCCCUGGAGCAGUUGUGUGAUCCGUAACAACAAGCGCCGAUUCCCAGCUCCUUUGUGUCUGAGCUCACUUGAUUGAGCUCAGUGGGUCACAGUUCUGCAGGAGAGAGGCCGGUUUCUCUGAGAAGUAGCCCCUCCUGAUAAAGCAGGUCCCUUUGACCCAGAGCUGACCUUUCCCUGGGCAUGCGGCAGCAGACACACCUGCGCAGGAGGAUCAUAAACCACUUACAAACCCACGUGAGAAGGGAAGCAGACACCCACCAUGCUGCUUAUGGAGAAGCAGACACGCCCAGCUUGGGGACAGCCUGGGGACCUUGGACUUUCUUAGCCCCCAUCCCCUUGUUUUCUGGUGGCAUCAGUGGCAGCUGCUCCCAACAAUGGCCGUGGAACAGCGCCAUCCAUGAGAACUUUCUACAGUGAUGGAAAUGCCUGUUCAGGGCCACUAGCAGCAACAGCCCCUGAGCUGCGUUGGGUGGGCCCUGCGAUGAACAAAACAGCCUAGAGGCCAAGGUCUCCCCAGAGAGCCCAUGAGCCUGGCAUGGGGGCACAGGGGGACCAGAGGGUGCCUUCCACUCCUGGGUGCCAGGGCAGGGGGCUCACGCUGCUGUUCCCUCGGCUUUGUGGGGCUUGUCCUUGAGCUCCCCCAAUUCCCUAAUGCCACUGUGGCCAGUGUGCUGGGGAGCUUCUGUGUGGCUGGAAGCUGGGAAGGGGGUGGGGUUCCAGUCCAGGUGCCCAGAGCCUUCCUCCAGUCCUUUAUCCCUGCCCUGGGGGCUGCGGUGUAGGACUCCUUCAGCUGUGGUCAGCUGAAAAGGCUUCGAUUGCUUUAGAGAGCUGAAAACACAUAAACCAGGCCUUUUGAUGACAACCUGCACUUUUCCAGGAGAGACGUACUAGAGAUGAAUUUUUGAGCACUUUAUUCAGACUAUAAAACAGGAAAUCUCUAAUUUUCCUCAAGUGGGGGCUUUUGAAUUCCCUCAAGGCAAGUCCCUUUGCAGGUGAAAUUAAUUGGUGGAUUUUCAGAAUGGCCGCCCUGGAGCCGAGCUUCAGCCACGCCUGACGCCCUGGCCUCUGAAUCUCCACCGUCUCUGAGGUGCGCUGGGGCCACGCCGCAGGGGUUUCACCUGCUUGGGGGGGUCCACACUGGGGCUUGGGGGUUCACACAGCAUUGUCCCUGGGCUGAGCCCUUGGGUGGGCUAGAGCUGCAGUCCUCAGACAUGGCUGCAAUUCCAGCGAGGCCAAGACCACCAGCCACCCAGUGGACUCGGUCUCUGGGGUGUUUUCCUCAUGCAGCCGGGGCAGAGGCCUACUGGACCCCCUCAGCCUGCUGCUCAGCAUCCUUCCCUUCUCUGCAGCAGGGCCCGGUCCCAAUGGCCAAUGGGGCUGCUACCCCAGCAGUGCCUCCCUGCGGGCCCCUCACCUGCACCCCACCCUCACCCAGCUCUGGGUUUGCGCUGGUGGCAGCUCUGUUUUGUGGAUACGAAAACUGUACCCAACUUGAUGCCGCUGGGCUGGAACCUUCUGCCCCUUCGAAAUGAGGCAGUCAGGGACGGGGUGGGGUGCCCCCAUCAGCCCCGCUGCUCAGGGCCACUCAUGGACUCUAGGAGGGUCCAGGUUCUGGGCUUCCUGGGAAGGUCCCCAGAAGAGAGAGGUGCUGGUAGACUAGGGAAUGUGCUGGCAACUUGACCCAGCAGCUGUGGUCCCCUUGGCCCCGGCUCCACGGCAUCCGGGUACCAGCAGCAAGAGCCCAGGCCCCGGGCUGCAUGUCGGCUCACAGCCAAGGAGAAAGCUGGCUGCUUCCCCUCCCUAUGCGUCUUUCCCCCGCUCCAAUCAUGCUCCAUCUGGGAUCUGAAAUGGGCCAACUGUGGCUGCUUUGGGGGUGACACGCUCCUUCUCCAACUCAGCUGGGCCCCGGGCAUCCCCUGCCCUCCCUUGAGACCCAAAGGGGGUUGGCACCUGCUGUGACACCACUGUUGACCCCAGCCUGGGGGCCACAAGGUUGCUGAGUGGGGAGAACAUGGACCCCAACUCUAUGGCAAGCAAGAUCGCAGAAGGGGGAGCAUCAUCCACAAGGACUUCAGGUCUCCCUUGGCUGGAGAUGAGGAUCCACAUUAAAUGCCUGUAACACACCAGGCCACAGAAAGCUCGUUACACACAGAUGCUUCUCCCCACCCAUGCUGACUCUCAGAGGCUGCUAAGGCAGAAUUUAUAGGAAAUUGUUUUCAAGCCACCAGAGACCUGUUUGUACAACUGGAAAGGCUGUAUUUAUUUAAUGUACCUCAAGGUGUUUUAAUAAUGAUCCGUGUUUUAAUAAAAAGUAUUUCUGGCCUCUGUG